UACAAAAAUCCUGAGCAGAAGUUGUCUAUUUAUAAAGUCCCCUCCGUAAACAUUUACCUUCAUUUUCCUUGUUCCAGUACCGCCUCAUGCUAGUGAAUCUACCGGCCACCAGUUCUCUUGUACGUGCCUGCGGAAUCCUUCUAGCAAUGCCCGUGUUACAGGUUUUGAGUUGGUGAAUUAGUAACGGGAGCGAAGACCUCUAAGAAUUGCGCGCAGUUCAAUGGCAGUCCUUGAGAGGAUGAAAAAUGCUGCGAAUGAUUCUCUACACACCUUGAAAAAAAAGAUCCGGAGGUUUAUAUGGCCAGCGGACACAUCCCUUUACCUACCUGAGCUUUCACACCAUGCAGUAGUCGUUGCAUUUCUGAGCUGUAUCGUUUUCAUCUCGUUGGGCAAUAUGAAUAGUAAUCUUAACGACGACGACAACAUUCAUGUGUGGCGCUCUCUACAUGUCUAUUUGUUUGGAUUCUUCUAUUUCUUUAUGCACCCUUGGGUUCAAUUCUUUUCCCAGCCGUUGAUAGGGAAACCGAGCUAUGCAAGUUUCAAUAAGUGGUAUGUCUCCUGGCUUUUAAUAGCAGCUGUUGAUCAUUCAAUGGGAGAAUCCAUGAGAAUGAAUCUGUCUUUAUUUUUGACAAUUUUUGCCCUUUCCAAUCUGUGUCUUCUUCUCUUCCACACUACUUUUUAUGGCUUUCGCUACAUUUUCUCACGCGAGGUUCGAAAGUGGCCUGAAAUUCACUGGACGAUGCUCCAACUUUCGGCUGCUGUUAGUAUAGCCUGCUGCAUUUUUCUGAGUAAAUGUAAAGAAAGACCGCGUGAUCGUGUCUGCUCAUAUUUGAUCGUGCCGGACGUUGGCUCUGAGAUCAAUAACCACCAUUAUCCCAAGGUUUUUAGCGGUGUGUUCCCCAAGGUUUCAACGGACGAAAUGCAUGCUCUGUACUCGUUAUGGGCCACAUUUAUAGGCCUUUACAUUGCCAGUUGUAUAGCGGAGAGGUUACCAGCGUCAAGUGAAGAAUAUGAGAAGAAUAAAAUAGCAGAAAUAGAAUAUGAGAAGAAUAAAAUAGCAGAAAUGAUUUCUGUUUCUGCAGGCGAGGAGAAAAAACUGUUGGAAUCCCGACUGCGUUUCCUGAUUGCAUCUAGCAAAGCUCGUAAAAUAAUGAAACCGGAGUUUUUAGAUAUGGUUCCCUGGUAUUCAGGAACAUCAGUUGAUCUCUACAAAACAGUUUUUAACAUCGUCGUAUCAGUAAAUUUCUUUCUAGGUCGUUUUGACAUGCGUAUGUUGCAGGCUAAAGGUGAUGAUAGAGACUUUUUGUAUGAACUUCAUAGUGAAAAGGAUGAACUAUGGUUUGACUUCAUGGCCGAUACUGGUGAUGGUGGAAACUCAACUUAUACAGUGGCACGGCUACUUGCUCAGCCCCGUAUUGAGUUGAAAGAUAGUGGAGGUCGUAAUCAUACCUUAGAGCGUGGAAACUUGCUACUCAUUGGAGGGGAUAUCGCGUAUCCUAAUCCAUCACAAUUCACGUACGAAAGUCGUCUCUUUCGCCCUUUUGAGUAUGCCUUGCAGUCACCAUCGUAUGCUAAACAAGAACGUAUGGUUGUGGACAAGCCGAAUGCGCCUCCCGAGGUGUCUGAACCAUUAAUGAAGGAUAGAGAAAGAUCCAAAGAGCCCCCCAAAAAACAAAUGAAGCCAUUUGAAGGGCCUCAAUGUUUUCUUAUUCCCGGAAACCAUGAUUGGUUUGAUGGACUUCAUACCUUUAUGGGGUAUAUAUGUCAUAGGAGCUGGUUGGGCGGGUGGUUUAUGCCUCAAAGGAAGAGUUAUUUUGCUUUGAAACUCCCUAAAGGAUGGUGGGUGUUUGGUCUUGAUCUUGCACUCCAUGGUGAUAUCGAUGUGCACCAAUUUGAAUUUUUCUCAAAACUAGCCAGCUCAGACAGGUUUGGCGAGAGGGACUCUGUGAUUGUUAUGACGCACCAACCAGAUUGGCUUCUUGAUUGGUACGAGGAUGGUGAUCAGCAUAAUUAUAAGCACAAUAUUGCAGACCUAAUACGCAAUAUUCUGAAGAGAAAGUGUAGGCUUCGGAUUGCUGGGGACAUACAUCACUACAUGCGGCACGAAAGAGAUGACUCUCGUGGUGGGUCCAAUGAGCUGUUUUAUCCACAACAUCUCCUUGUAAAUGGUUGUGGUGGGGCAUUCCUGCAUCCUACCCAUGUGUUUCGCAAUUUCAGUCAAUCUCAUGGAGUUUUCUACAAAUGCGAAAAGGCUUAUCCUACUUUUGAAAAGUCAAGAAAGCUUGCGUGGAGAAAUCUUUCACACUUUCGGAGACAGAACUGGCAAUUUGAUUUUAUUGGCGGCAUUUUAUAUUUUAUAUUGGUCUUCUCGAUGUUCCCAAGGUGUCAUGAGCUUGGUACGGUGUGGGGUGCUUUUAUGUACAUGGUGCAUCACUCUUACGUGUCUCUGGGUGGUUCAGUGCUAUUUCUGAUGGCAGCAAUUGCAUUUACACCCUCAAAAAGGUCAUGGACGACAAGGAUUGUGAUUGGGUUUUGUCACUUCUCCGCUCACUUGGUCGUAGAUCUCCUUCUUUUGUGGCUGUUCGAAUUGGGUGUCGAGACGUUUGUCCAGAUCGGAUUAUUGGAAACUUCAGAAUAUCACUCUCUUUAUCGAUCACUAGAAAGUAUGCUCGUUGAACCUGUCUCAACUAGUUUAGAACAAUGGACAUUCGGCCUUUAUCCUGCCUGUAUCAAGUAUGUCAUGUCUGCAUUUGAUGUGCCAGAGCUCAUAGCUGUGACGAGGGAGAAUAUAUGUAAGAAUGGGAUGGAGUCUCUAUCUCGAGGGGCUACCAUUGUUUAUUAUGUUUCCGUCUUCCUUUAUUUCUGGGUCUUGUCAACCCCAGCAGUUUCCUUGGUGUUUGGAUGCUACCUAUACAUCUGCGUCAACUGGUUUAACUUACACUAUGAUGAAGCCUUCUCCUCUCUUAGGAUUGCUAACUACAAGGCUUUCACACGAUUUCACAUCAAACCAGAUGGUGAUCUUGAAGUUUUCACCCUUGCAGUUGAUAAGGUAGCAGAGGAUUGGGAGCUGGAUCCUCGAUGGAAAGGGGAAUCAGAGGACUUGCGCGAGCUGAGAGAGUUUGGAGAGGAGCACGGGUACCCGGAGGAGUUUAGCUACUGUCGUGCGAUUCCUAGCAAAUGGAGGGCAGCUGAUCAGUCUCAGGACCCCUUAGCUACUGUGCGUAUUAUUGAUCAUUUCGUCAUUCGAAAAGAAGACCCAGUUGCAAAUGACGUGUGGUCUGACCCAGUUGCAAAUGACGUGUGGUCUGACCCAGUUGCAAAUGAUUUCCUUCAAUUUCAGAAAAAAUUAAUAUUAAAAUUGAAUAAAAACCAGUUGGAGGUGAUGGCAAUACCCUGUAGAAAAAAGAUAUGGUUCCCGAGGAAUGACUUUGUUUUUGAAAAAAGACUUUCAUGCCCAACAAGACUCCUUAGAUCAACAAAAGAGUGCCUUGAAGAGUUUCAGCAAUCCCAAAGAUUUCAGAAGAAGGAAGGUCAGGCAUCAGGAUCAAACUCAAUGCAGGAAAUCUGGAAAAAACCAGCCCGAGGAAUAGUUAAGGUGAAUUGGGCUGCCUCAUUGGAUCAAAGAAUGAAAAGGAUGGGAGUGGGAAUCAUAGCUAGAGAUGAAGAGGGAGAAACUUUAGUAGCUGUGUGUGACCAAAGACAACAUGUACAGAAUCCAGCAAUAGCAGAGGGCUAUGCACUGUGGAAGGCGAUGGAACUAUGCAAUAAUCUUAAUAUUCAGAAGGUCAUCUUUGAAGGUGAUGCAAAGGCUGUUAUUCUAGCAGUUUUGAGUAAUGAGGAAGAUUUAUCAGUUUGUGGUUCUUUGAUUGAAGAUAUACGGUCUGUUCUUGCAAACAGACCAGAUUGGUCUAUACAAUUUACUUAUGGGGAAAUGAAUAAUGUAGCCCAUGGCUUAGCCAAAAAAGCUUUAAGUAUAGAAGGAAAAAAGUUUUUGAUAGAGGAAGUUCCAGCUGGUUGAAGUUUUGUUAAUGAAAUGUUGAGGUAUUCCUUUCAAAAAAAAAGAAGACCCAACUUUUCUACAAGAAGACCCAAUUGGACAAGAAGACCCACUUCUAAGAAGAUAUUCUGAGAAGACCCAAUUCCCGGAAACCAUGGUUUGUUUUAAUUUGUCUUAAAUGAAAGCCUCAAAAGUGUGUUGUCAUUUAAAAUGUUAUUGUUGAGUGAUAACCUCUAGUUUUGGCAUGACA